UAGUAGUAGUAGUAGUGGUAGUGGUAGUGACGGUACUAUUAUCUGUAUAGACAGGCAAUAUCAUUGCAAUGGCGAACCUGACUGUCCUAAUGGCGAGGAUGAGCUUGAAUGCGGUGAUAUAUCUGGACGAUUAGCUGGAGCAUUUGCCAUAAUACAUGAGCAUCUAAAAAAUGGUACAAAAUUAACCCACGAAUAUACACCUAAACAUUGCAAUAUUGAAAUGUAUUUCAAGGGUCAGUGCAGUUGCAAUCUAAUGGACGAAAAGGUGGUAUUUUGCGAAAAUAGUAGUCUAAUAGAUAUUCCCGAUAAUCUCAACAUUAAUAUAACCAAACUAGUGCUUAAUAAAAACACAAUAACUCAUAUAAAUGUCACAAUAUUAUGGCAAUACUCAAAAUUGCAGUCAUUAUAUUUGGAUUUUAAUUUUAUUGAACAAUUAAAACCAAACACGUUUGUCGGUGUCAACAAAUUGAAAACAUUAUCAAUUAAAAGUAACAAACUACAUGCAAUAGCAUCGGGAGCAUUCAAUGGUUUGAGCCAGCUAAAAAAAUUAUAUCUUGAAUACAAUGAGAUUAAAUCGUUUGACUUGUCGUCACUCAUCAGCUCACCAGCGCUUAGCCUACUAGUGGUCGGUCAUAAUCAACUCAUUUUGGAUACCCAGACAUUCCCAGUACUACCGGAGCUUUCAUGGGUUAUACUCGACAACAAUUACUUAACAUCAAUAAGCAGGCAACUAUUUUAUAAUGUGACCAAGCUAAAAACAUUACAUAUAAAGCGAAAUAAAAUAAAAACCAUUGACUCGAAAGCAUUUAAUAAUAAUAAAUAUAUUGAAGAAUUGGAUUUAUCUGAUAAUAAACUCAACGAUAAUAUCAAUGAAAAUACAUUUAAAGGCUUAUAUCGAUUGCAUAAGUUGGAUUUAAAAGAUAAUCCGAUUCGUUCAUUACCUGUCAAUAUAUUUAAAGAUUUAUCAUCAUUACAAUCGCUUGAUUUACAGGGCAUCACAAUAGCUAACAUAGAUUUAGCACAUUUUGCCCAUUGUGUACAACUACGGCACAUAUAUUUCAAAAAAUUUCGCUAUUGUUCAUACGCUCCCAGAGUCCGUAUAUGUCGACCGAUUACCGACGGUCUAUCAUCGGCUGAACAUCUACUGGUGCUACCGAUACUACGCUACUCGGUAUGGGUGGUAGCCCUGGUUACCUGUGUUGGCAAUAUUGUUGUACUAGUUUGGCGAUCGCUGUCCCAAAAGGAGGACCAUGUCCUAUCAUUGUUUAUCAAAAAUCUAUCAGCGGCCGAUCUGCUAAUGGGUAUCUAUCUGUGCGCUAUCGGUGCCCACGAUCUGGCCUUCAGGGAUGACUAUCGACGGCAUGCCCUAUCGUGGAUGUCAUCCUGGUCGUGUACAACAUGCGGUUUUAUGGCAAUGGUAUCGUCGCAGGUAUCCGUAUUUACGUUGGCCCUCAUAACCAUCGAACGGUUCCGCUGUAUAACCGCCAACUUUCGGGUGGUAACCAUAAUGGCAGCCAAAGUCAAUAUGGCUGUCGUAUGGCUGCUGGCCAUCGGAUUGGCAGCGUAUCCGGUAGCCUACUAUACGACUACCGGUGAUCGGGUUUUCUAUGCGUCCAAUGGUCUAUGUUUUCCCCUACACAUUGACGAACCCUAUAUGACUGGCUGGCAGUACUCGGCACUGGUAUUUUUGGGCAUCAAUUUUUCAGCUGUAUUGCUAAUCAUAACACUCUAUCUGAUAAUGUUUUACAUAAUCAAACGGGACCGACAACACGCCCGACCCGUAUUUGUUGGCCGCAAACGCGAGGACGCCAUACUGGCCUUACGUUUUUUCGGCAUUGUUGUUACCGAUUGUCUCUGUUGGAUACCCAUUGUUGUCAUCAAAAUACUGGCCCUCACUGAGCUACCUAUCUCUUCCAAUGUCUAUGCCUGGGUAGUCGUGUUUGUAUUGCCGAUCAACAGUGCAUUGAAUCCGAUCAUCUAUACGUUGGCCGCACCCACUGAACUACGGCGACGUAUAUUGAAAUGGUUUUACUCGGUAUUGGCCACCAUUCGGAUGGACUACUGUCUGAAAUUGAUUAAAAACUCGAAGCCCGGCAGCGGCGGCGGUAGCGGUGGUGGUCCCGGCGAUCGGCAUUCAGUAUCGAUGGCAUCGCAUACCAGUCUAACAUUGGCCACAACCACUACCACCGGCGGUGGUAACGGUGCCGGUGAACAUCGAUCGACCAAUGGAUCGGCCAUUUCGUUACCGAUGGCCAUACAACAGUCGGUGGCCGCCGGCGGGACAACAACAGUGUGUCCGCCACAGUAUCAUCAGAGCCGAGCCUUUAAGCAUUCCCUAAGAAAUUUUCGGAUCUAAUAUACAGUUUUAAUAUGACAAUGAUAUCUGAUAUAUGGACUAAACAGGGUGUGUAGGGGUGGGUAGGCUGAUAGGGGAUGGGGUGGGGGUUAGUAACAUAGGGAGGCAUACAAAUUAUUGAUUA